GACGUGUUCCUGAUGAUCCGGCGGCACAAGACGACGAUCUUCACGGAGGCGAAGGAGUCGAGCACGGUGCUGGAGCUCAAGCGCAUCGUCCACGGCAUCCUCAAGCGCCCGCCCGAGGAGCAGCGCCUCUACAAG